AUGCGUCCUCUGUCCUUCAUUAUCGGCACAGCUCUUGCCUGGGCCUGCUCUGUGUCAUCGACAGCAAUCCUGCUGCCAUUAUACAUCUGGCCCAGUGGGGAUGUUUGGGAUCCGGUCUAUGAUGCCAUUGCAUCUCACCCUCACAUUCCUUUCUACGUGAUCGUCAACCCAAGUAGUGGACCUGGCGACUCCGAGUAUCCGGCAUCUGACUAUAUAACCGGCGUCGCCAAGUUGAACACCUUCGACAACGUCCGCGUCCUCGGCUACAUUCCUACCGGAUAUACCGCACGUAGCAUGUCAGAGGUGCGCAACUACAUCUUAAAGUACAGCAAUUGGUCCUCCUAUACGGCGAGCAACAUCUCCGUCUCGGGGAUUUUCUUCGACGAGGCUCCCAACGAAAAUGACCCGGCCAAGAUCGCAUACAUGCGAAAGGCCGCCAACUACGUCAAGUCUUCCAAGUUCGUGACAUCAGGCAACGCUCCUAAGACGGUCGUCUUCAAUCCUGGCACUAUCGCUGCGAAAGGAUAUCUGGAUUCCGCUACUUUUGUUGUCCAGUACGAGGACACAUAUGCGAACUGGGAAUCUCAGAAUCCCUUAAAGUCUGUGCCUUGGGGUCAGAGGAAUCAGACUGCCGCUAUUUUGAACGAGACGCCACUUACUGCACGCUUCACCGAUACUGCUCGCUCGGUGCAUAAAAUGGGGCUGGGUGCUAUGUAUAUGGCUAGUGGCUGCUGCUACAACAAUGACAAUACUGUGGAGAAGGUUGCAAACGCUAUGGCAGAGGUCUAG